UAACUUUGCGCAGCAUAGUAUUCAUUCUCCUUGCAGAUUCAUGAGACAGGCAUGGGUGUAGACAGCUAUAAGUGGGGUCCUUCCUCCAAAAGAGAAAGCAGCACGUGGGGGAGAGGCUGGGACCGGCUGGCAGUGAAGAACACACUGUCUCCUCACCAUGCCGACCCUAUAUCUUUCCCCACAUCCCGACAACUUCCAGAAUCUGUGUGUGCUUGUUGCAGCCCGCUAUGGCCAUCAGGAGCCCAAGGUGGUCAGUCUGCUCCCUAACACGGAGCUGGAGAACCCUUCCUUCUCCAUCCCCAAGCUCCCAGCUCUGGAGAUACAAGCCGGCAUCUGUGUGUCUGGGCCUGCUGCUGUCUCUUACCUCCUCUCCUCAGAUGCCUUGAGAGGGCAAGGUCCUGGAGCCGGUGCCUUGGUCCGGCAGUGGAUCAGCUUUGCUGAUUUGGAAGUUGCUCCUGCGGCUUGUGCAGCAGCUUUUUCAGUGCUGGGGGUUUCCAAGCAAAAUAAACAGGUGACAGACCGUGCUCUGGCAGAACUUCGAAAUCUCCUUGGGGUGCUGGACAGUCACCUGAAGCUCCGGACAUACUUGGUGGGGGAAGCUGUGACGUUGGCUGAUGUGACAGUUGCUUGUGCUCUGCUAUUGCCAUAUAAAUACGUCUUAGACCAAGCUCUUCGCUCUUCUUACAUCAAUGUUACCCGUUGGUUUCUCACCUGCAUCAACCAGCCAGAAUUCCAAGCUGUUCUGGGUCCAGUGAAGCUGUGUGAGCAGGCACUUGGAGCAGUUCCCUCAAAACAGAAUCUCAGAGAAUCAGCCACAGGCUCUGAAACUCAGUUGCCAGAGAAGAAGGACUUAACAGAGCCACCCCCUAAAAGUGCAUCUCAACUAAAGAAAGAAGCAAAGAAGAAAGAAAAACUGGAAAAGUUUCAGCAGAAGAAAGAAAAAAGCCAGCAGCAGCAGCAAGGCGAAAAGAAGCCAAAAGCAGAGAAGAAGGAGAAGAAAGAUCUUGGGAUCAUAACCUAUGACAUCUCAACCAAACCAGGGGAGAAAAAAGAUGUGGCUUCCCCAAUGCCAGAUUCCUACAGCCCUCAAUACGUCGAAGCUGCCUGGUAUCCUUGGUGGGAGAGCCAGGGAUUUUUCAAACCAGAGUAUGGGCGUCGCUGUGUCUCUGAGCCAAACCCCAGAGGCAUCUUUAUGAUGUGUAUUCCGCCACCCAACGUCACGGGAUCACUCCAUCUUGGUCAUGCACUCACCAAUGCCAUCCAGGACUCCUUGACUCGAUGGCACCGGAUGAAAGGGGAGACCACCCUGUGGAAUCCAGGCUGUGACCACGCGGGCAUUGCCACCCAGGUGGUGGUGGAGAAGAAGCUUUGGAAGGAGCAAGGGAAGACUCGGCAUGAUCUUGGGCGGGAGCUGUUCAUUAAGGAGGUCUGGAAGUGGAAAAAUGAGAAAGGGGAUCGGAUUUAUCAUCAACUGAAGAAGCUGGGGUCCUCAAUGGACUGGGAUAGAGCCUGUUUUACCAUGGAUCCUAAACUCUCUCGUGCUGUUGAAGAAGCAUUUAUCCGAUUGCAUGAAGAAGGUGUCAUCUAUCGCAGCAAACGCCUGGUCAACUGGUCAUGCACCCUGAACUCAGCCAUCUCUGACAUAGAGGUGGAUAAGAAGGAGUUAACAGGCCGAACUCUCUUGCCUGUGCCUGGCUACAAGGAGAAAGUUGAAUUUGGGGUGCUGGUUUCCUUCGCCUACAAGAUUGAGGGCUCAGAUGCUGAAGUGGUGGUUGCCACAACCCGUAUUGAGACAAUGCUGGGUGACACAGCAGUUGCAGUUCAUCCUCAGGAUCCACGAUACAAGCACCUUCAUGGUCGGAGUGUUGUGCACCCCUUCACCAAACGACUCUUGCCUAUAUUGUGUGAUGACUUUGUAGACAUGGAGUUUGGAACUGGCGCAGUAAAAAUCACACCAGCCCACGAUCAGAAUGACUACGAGGUCGGCUUGCGCCAUGGACUCAAUUUCAUCACCAUUUUUGAUGAGGAUGGUUAUCUCAUCAACGUGUCCCCUCCCUUCCUGGGAAUGAAGCGGUUUGACGCUCGUCGAGCAGUGCUGCAAGCUUUGAAAGAAAAGGGGCUGUUCAAGGAGGUGAAGGACAAUCCCAUGGUGGUCCCAGUCUGCAGCCGCUCUAAAGAUGUGGUGGAGCCCCUGCUGAAGCCCCAGUGGUACGUGCGUUGUGAUACAAUGGCCCGAGGAGCAGCCGAGGCAGUGCGCCGAGGUGACCUGCGCAUUGUGCCAGACUUCCACCUUAAAACCUGGUUCAAUUGGAUGGACAAUAUUCGGGACUGGUGCAUCUCUCGGCAGCUGUGGUGGGGCCAUCGCAUCCCAGCAUAUUUUGUGACUGUCAAUGACCCUUCUGUGCCACCGGGAGAGGAUAUGGAUGGCAAAUACUGGGUAAGUGGUCGAAGUGAGCAGGAAGCCAAAGAGAAAGCUGCUAAAGUCUUCAAGGUGACUGCGGAUAAAAUCUCCCUUCGUCAAGAUGAGGAUGUCCUGGACACCUGGUUCUCCUCUGGUCUGUUCCCUUUCUCCAUUUUUGGGUGGCCAAAUCCUAAUGAAGACCUCCAUGUUUUUUACCCUGGGACUCUCCUGGAGACUGGACAUGAUAUCCUCUUCUUCUGGGUGGCCCGAAUGGUUAUGUUGGGUCUAAAGCUCACAGGGAAGUUGCCGUUCAGAGAGGUUUACCUUCAUGCCGUUGUUCGGGAUGCUCAUGGCAGGAAGAUGAGCAAAUCCCUGGGAAAUGUGAUCGAUCCAUUGGACGUUAUUACUGGCAUCACACUGGAGGGCCUGCAUGCUCAGUUGCUAGAUAGCAAUUUGGACCCGGCUGAAAUUGAGCGAGCAAAACAAGGACAGAAAUCUGAUUACCCCAACGGGAUCCCUGAAUGUGGGACAGAUGCCCUCCGCUUUGCUCUUUGCGCUUACACAUCUCAAGGUCGGGACAUUAACUUGGAUGUGAACCGGAUUCUGGGCUAUCGGCACUUCUGCAACAAACUCUGGAACGCAACCAAAUUUGCUAUCCGUGGCCUUGGGGAGGGAUUCCAGCCACAGACCAGGCCUGAGCCCAGUGGCUCUGAGAGCCUCAUUGACCGGUGGAUCCUGAGUCGCCUGAGCCAUGCCGUGGAAUUGUGUGAUACUGGCUUCCAAGCGUACGACUUCCCUGGCAUCACCACAGCCAUCUAUAAUUUCUGGCUCUAUGAGCUUUGCGAUGUUUACCUGGAGUGCUUAAAACCCGUGUUUGCUGGUCAAGAUGAGGCCGCCAUUCGGACAUCCCGCAAUGCUCUCUACACCUGCUUAGAUGCUGGCCUUCGUCUUCUCAGCCCGUUCAUGCCGUUUGUCACAGAAGAACUAUUCCAGCGGCUGCCCCGGCGGUGUCCCUCCUCGGACCCUCCCAGCAUCUGCGUCACCUCUUACCCCAGCACUGAAGAGUACCGCUGGAGAAAUGAGGGCCUGGACAAUAUAGUUGAUUUUGUGUUGAACAUUAUUAAGGCUGUGCGUUCCCUUCGAGCAGACUACAACCUCACCAAGACCAAAGCUGAUUGUUAUUUGCAGUGCCUGGAUUCAGAGACUGUGGCGGCUGUUGCUCAGUGCUCCGAAUACAUCCGCACUCUUUCUUCCUCCAAGCAAGUGUUGAUUUUGGAGCCCGGAAAAGCAGCCCCUUCUGGCUGCGCGGUGGCCAUCGCCUCUGAUAAAUGCACAGUCCACCUUUUGCUAAAGGGAUUGAUCGAUGCUGAGAAAGAGAUCUCCAAACUGACCAACAAAAAAGCAGAGCUGCAGAAACAAAUCCUGCGGCUGCGUGAGCGUGUGGAGAGCCCAGACUAUGCCGCUAAAGUGCCCGUCAAAGUCCAAGAGGCAGAUACAGUAAAGCUGAAGCAAAGCGAGACUGAGUUGCAGAAGUCGGAAGAAGCCAUUGAGAACUUCAAGAAGAUGCUCUGAAAUCGGCAGAAGGGAAGCUCCAGUGUUGACAUUAAAUGCUAAUCUUGAGGAUGGCAGUGGGCAGAGAAACCGUUUAAAGCAAACUCCUUUCCAUUGAGAAGGGAGGACCCAUUAUUUCUGUUUGGCUAUUCUUAGUUUAUUCUAUUUUCUUCAGAGACAUUAAAAUAUUUUGCUGACUUAGAA